CUUGCUUGUUGACUGGACGCCCAAAGCUUGUUUGCUUGUCUGUCUGUUUGUCGACUUGUAUCUCAUCAUAUGAAGUGAGUGUCUGUCUGUGACCACCUACCCUUAUGUCUGGUGUCCACAUGACCUCGGCCUGAAUGUCUGUGGAUGUGUGUGUGCCCCUGUGUAUCCUGGUGUGCGUCUCAGUGUGUGUGUGCGUCUUGCUGUCGGUGCUGCACGGUCUCUCGGUAUCUGACAGCCCGUGUCCUGUCUCCGUGCAGCAUAAGCUGAAGUCUUCGCAGAGGGACAAGGUCCGGCAGUUCAUGUCCUUCACGCAGGCUGGGGAGAAGACUGCUGCUUACUGCCUGAUCCAGAAUGACUGGAAACUAGAGGUGGCCACAGACAACUACUUCCAGAACCCAGACCUCUACUACAAGGAAUCAAUGAAAACCCCUGUGGAGAAGAAGAAGCUGGAACAGCUCUACAACCGCUACAAAGAUCCCCAGGAUGAGAAUAAGAUAGGCAUCGAUGGCAUCCAGCAGUUCUGCGAUGACCUCACCCUGGACCCGGCCAGCAUCAGUGUCUUGGUGGUGGCGUGGAAGUUCCGGGCCGCCACCCAGUGCGAGUUCAGCAAGAAGGAGUUCCUGGAUGGCAUGUCCGAACUGGGGUGCGACAGCCCAGAGAAGUUGAAGGCUCUUCUUCCCAGGUUAGAACAGGAGCUUAAAGACAGUGGCAAGUUCAAGGACUUCUACCAGUUCACAUUCAACUUCGCCAAGAACCCUGGACAGAAGGGUUUAGAUCUAGAGAUGGCUGUGGCCUACUGGAACCUGGUACUGACAGGCCGCUUUAAGUUCCUGGACCUCUGGAACAGGUUCUUAUUGGAACACCACAAACGGUCGAUUCCCAAAGACACAUGGAACCUACUCUUGGAUUUUGGCAACAUAAUCGCAGACGACAUGUCAAAUUACGACGAGGAGGGGGCGUGGCCAGUUCUCAUAGACGAUUUUGUGGAAUUCGCCCGGCCGAUCGUAACAGGAUCCAAACGCAAAACCCACUACUAACAACCCAGCUCUUGAAAGGGGGACUGAACUUUGGUUCCUCUUCAUUGACUUUGUUGGAUUAAAAAAAAAAAAAAAAAAACUUUUUAAGAGGAAACAGAGAAACACUUGAAUCCGUGACACUGCACAACUAUCAGGUAACCAACCUAUGAGGGAAGAGUGAGAGGAAAACACAGGAAGCAAGGCUUUAUUUCUAUCCUUGUUUGAUGGGAGUCGCCACGUGCACAUUGCCAGCUGGCAGUACAUGUCCCAGCCUGAGGGCCAGCUGGGAAGAGGCCUUGGGGAUAUCAGUGUUCCAGGCAACGCUCCCUUUGGAAUCUCAGUAUUCCAGUGAAGAGGAGAAAAGGAGAGAUUCCUCCCCUGGCACAGUCUCGCUCUCUCUCUCUUGCAGCUCUGAGAAUUUGAAUUUACAAGUGUGAAAAAAUGUGUGUUUUUGGGGUUGAUCCUUGUUAGUUAGCUUUGUGUGGCACGCAGGGCUCUGAGGGGACUGUUCAGAACAGGUCUUGUUUCUAACAACACCAGCGUCAACAAAACUGUUACUUAUAUACUGUAUAUAUUAUACUGUCUUUUAAAACAGUAUGUACAGAGAAUUAUAUAAAGAAUAAUAUAAAUAAGUUACAUUUAUGAAUAUAAGAGAUUCAUCUUUUUGUGUAAAUUAAAAAUAAAAUAAAAGAUCUGGUAUAUGAUGCCUCAAUAACAUUUGAUAGAAUUUUAGGUCUGGUGUGUACCAAGUCAUUAUUUUAUUUCAACGUUUGGGUUGGAAAAAUUCCAACAUUCUGUGUUUUAGAAUCUUCUUUUGGUUCACUAUGUUAUAUUUGUUUUAAACAAAUACAUUUCAGCCAUUUUAAGUAAAUGGACCAUGACUCUAAAUGUUUGUCCCAUUCGACAUCUGUAUAUUAGGGAAAGGCUGUUCAUUCUGGCCCACAAAGACUGAAAUACUGUUCUGUUGUUUUGGAGGUUUGGAUAAAACAAAUGUAAUGCAGUGUCUGCAGGCCAAUUAAUGACACUAAUUUGUCAAUUAAGUGUAGGCACAAAAGACCAGCAGGACUGUGGACCUCAAUGACUGUGAAUUGUGCGCUUCUGCAUUACGUAAUUUAAACACCCCAAAAACGGAACCACCAAGCAGUCACUGGGGGGCACUGUUUGUCAUGCAUGAUGUGUGUGCGAGAGGGAGCGCUUUGGACAGUGCUUACGUGUGUUGAAAAGGUCCCUGCUGCCCAUCCAUUUUAGUAUUAAUGCCUUUGUGACACGCAUUUAUUUACACUUUGUCAUUCACUAAUCACACAGGUAUUGUUAGUUUGGAAAGGAAUAUUGAAUAAAGCAUGUUUUUAUCAGACAUUAAGAGGC